CGUCCACUGGGUCUGAUUGAAAGCAAGUCAGUUGUAAAACUGAGAAGCGUCUUAAUUGUUCGCUUGUCCAAAACAGAAUUGACAGCAGGUGUAAAUUAGCAGAAAGAGUUGGCGAGGUCUCUUCGAAACUCACCGACAUCGAAACUCCUGGAGGACAUCAACAAGUUUCUCGGGCGAAAAGCGCGGCGCUUGAUAAGAAAUCUGUUCACCACCCGGAAAUGAAGUCUUCUUUUCAUGAUUGAGAUUCAAGAAAAUGGAAUACUUACAGACCUUAUACCCAUCCAGCCUCCAGGAAGCUUUUUCUUUAAUUGAUUCUAAGUAUGAGAUUCCAGAGGACGUAAACGAAAAUGUUUUGCGGACUCUGAGAAAGGACACAGAGAUGCAAACAUUCAAAACAAACAUUUCGGAACAGCACGAACGAAGCGACUGUAUUACAAUUCUGUGCGUGGGGACUAUUGCUGGAAAAGACAGUGUAUUUAUCAAAGACAGUUUUAUCCGCACACCUCCGCAAGGCUCUUCUCUACCACCUGUAUGUGUGGAUAUCCAUUUGAAAAAAAUUAAAUCAUCACAGAACGAUCAGAAUGCGUUAUCUGUCUUGGAUGAAGAUGAUCCCGAUCCCGAGGGAUUCGCGGGAUUCUCUUUCAAAUCUUUUCACGGGGCCCUUGUUUUUUGGAUUCCGGAACAUCCUUCUUCAUUGAGAGAAGCAUUAAAAUGGAAAGAGACAGUUGUCCAGUUUGCACAUUUGCAAAUCCCAUGCGUUCUCGUGGCUUUUAAUACAGCCAGUUUAGAAUGGAUGGGAGAAGGAAAAAUGAUUGAAAGCCAGGUAGCUCUGGAACAUUUAUGUCGUGAUCAUCGCUUUGAUUCGUGGUUUGAGAUGAAAUCUCGCGGUUGGGAUGGUGAAGUUUUCGAGCAAGCACUCUCCUUUCUGAUCAGUCAAAUCAAAACUGAGUAAAUUUCACCAGAAAAGUUGAAAAUUUGGACAUCACUUUAGGAUUCAGGGAAAACAAAAGAUGAUUACUUUUCGCUGCAAUGUCCUUUUUGUGCGAAAAUCGGCACGGAAUGAAAGCACCCCCUGAGUCAACGAAAGAAAGAUAAAUUCAUUUUACUUCUUUUAUGCGGGAAAGAGGAAUUUUUUUGCAUAGAUAAUUUGAGUCGAAUAUCACUCAUUUCUUUAAUGUUUCAUUAACUUUUUCUUUUGGGAAAAAACUGUGAAAUUAAGUAUAUAUUUGAUUCUUAGGCAGCAGUUCACACUUGGGUGCCCGGACACGGUGCCCCAGCGCGGUAAUCGCUGGGCUCUAAUGUGAACACACCCAUUUUUCAAGUACACACGCUAGAAUUCGGGCACGGUGCCGGUGCCCGAGUACAAGGUCCCAACCCGUGUGCACACAAUUUUUGUAAGUUCCGGGCAGUCAACGGAUUUGUUGUUGCUGCUAAGGUAAUGUUUCACUUACUCAUGUUUCAAAAUGGCGUCUGGCAGGGCGAAAUUAAGUAAAUGGUACUCAAAGUGUGAACACCAUUUUGAGCCGGUGCCCCCCACCCCCUAGGCACUGGUUCCCGAGCAUCUAGUGUGGACAGCCCCUUAAUCUAGAAUCAUGCUUGACAUGAAUCAUUGUGUUUCAAGAGUGGUGUGAACUGGUUAUUAGAGUAAGAUAGCGGUCACACUUAAAUCUUUCGCAUGGUUAACUUUGUCGUAUUUACUAUGUGGUAUAAUUCAAAUCACAAUUGACUUUAGUUCGGUAUUAAGAUUUAUUAUACGUUCAU